ACAUCCAUCAGAGGUUGGGGUGCUUCGUGAAAAUGCAGUGCGGGAUGAAGAUGCUUUGGGUUCUCGCGGCGUUGGUGGUGCUGGCAGAGUGCGGGCAAAACUACCCCCAAAAGUCUUGUAUGUUCGGCAAAGCCACGGUGGCGGACGGCGAGGUGGCCAUGAGCGUGCCCGAGAAGUGCAUGUCCUUGGUGUGCCAGGCAGGGACGGUCGUGGAGAAGAUGACGGGCGAGAUCAACGACACUGGAUGUUGUCUGGACGGCGAUAACAUGAUGUACCCUCCCUCCUUCCGGGCCCCGCACUGCAUCCCCGUGACCUGCACCAACGGCUCCUGGGUCCCGGAGAACUUCAUCGACCCCUGUUGUGGCCACUGUGAAAUCUACGGGUACAGUCACUUCACGACACUGGACCGCUAUCGCUACGACUGGCACGGCUUCUGCAAUUACACCCUCGUCUCGCUCGCCGCCACGGACAGGGCACCCUCCGCCGCAGUCUUCGCAGAGAUGAAGCGCGUGGGUCCCUGCGCCACCGUCUUCGACAGUGUCACCUUCCACAACGACCCUCACACCAUAAUCAACUUGACCCGCGACGCCAACAACAAAGUCAGCGAACAGAUCGAUAUCAACGGAGAGUCCAUGACCGUCCCCCGCACCGGCGCCCACGUGGUGUAUUCCUCCGCCGGCAGGCAUAACGUGCUCGCGUUCUGGCAGAAGGACUGUCUUGUACUUCUGGGCCAUACUCUUAUCACGCUCCGGUACUGCCCCUUUCACAUGGACAUCUGGAUCCCCCGCGAACUCUCCGGCGAUGUGGACGGUAUCUGCGGCCACUUCAACUACAACGCCACGGAUGACUUCACCGCCGCCACGGGACAGAUCCUUCCCCUCGAGCCAUUCCCCGUCAACUUCCCCGACAUGCACUGGCGGGCUCCAGACCAGCGCAUCGCCCCUUGCAAUGACCCCAUGAUCACCACCUCCAUGUGUAACGGUACCACGGGUGACAAGUGCCUCCUCUCAGGCGAAGCCCUGCAAGACUUCCAACGCGCUUGCAUGGACUCCCUCACCCGGUUGUUCCCCCAGCAGCCCAGGGUUGUCGACUACUACCUCGCCCCCUGCGUGGCCGACCUCUGCCUGGCGUCCCAACGUGAUGUGAACUUCACGGUCUCCCUGUCCGCCUUCAUCGUCGAGGUGCUCAAGAUGUACAGGAACAUCACCGUGCAGCAUUACGAAGACCACCGGGUCACGCCAGUGUUAAUGGACCCAAGUAUGUGCUUCGCUACGGACGACAUCACCACUACCAGCAUCCCGGUCGUUACGGACGACGACGACACUACCACAAAGAUGCCCACCAAGGUCCCCAUCAAAGGAUCUCGCCCGCACCAUGAUCAUGACCUGGUUCGUUGAUUCGUAACGCGCGUCGUUAAUAUACUUGUUAAUUCUCAAAGCAUCUGUACACUCGUUUAAAAGAGACUCAUUUA